AUGACAGAAGUUGUUCUCUGCUCACUAUCUCUGUCCAUUGUUUUUUUCCUUACUUUCUUUCUUUCUCUUGUUUUCUCUUUCUUUCUUUUUGUCUGUCUUUUUUCUUUUUCUUUCUUUCUGUUCUUUUCUCUUUUCUUCUUUCUUUCUUUUUUUUGUCUUUUUCUUUUUUUUUUUCAUUUUCCUUAUUUAAUUUUCAUUUUUCUUUUAUUUUUUCAAAAUAUUUUUCUUUCUUUUUUAAAUUUUACCUUAUCUCCUUGUUCUUUCUCUGUUUCUCCAUCGUUUUUUUCUUUAUCUCUUUCUUUCCAUUCCAUUCUUUUAUUUAAUUUCUUUCUUUUUUUUCCUUUUUUUUUUCUUUUUCUUUUCUCUUUCUUUCCUUCAUUUUUCUUUUUUUCUUUCUUUUUUUCCAUUUACCUUCUUUUUUCUUUCUUUCUUUUUCUUUCUUUCUUUUCUUUUUUCUCUUUCUUUAUUCCAUUCUAUUUCCUUUUCCUUCUUUUUUUUCUUUCUUUCUUUUCUUUCUUUUCUUUUCUUUUCUUUUUUCUUUCCUUUUCCAUUCUUUCCUUCUUUCUUUCUUUCCAUUCUUUCUUUCUUUCUUUCUUUUUCUUUUUUCUUUUCUUUUCUUUUUCUUUCUUUCAUUCCAUUCUAUUUCCUUCCUUCUUUCUUUCUUUCUUUUUUCUUUCUUUCUUUCUUUUUUCUUUCCAUUCCAUUCUCUUUCUUUCUUUCUUUCCAUUCCAUUCUUUCCUUUUCUUUUCUUUCUUUCUUUCUUUUUCUUUUCUUUUUCUUUCUUUCCUUUCUUUUCUUUCUUUUUUUUCUUUCUUUCUUUUCUUUCUUUUCUUUUUCAUUCUCUUUUCUUUUCUUUUCUUUUUUUUUCUUUUUUUCUUUCCUAUUCCAUUCUAUUUCCUUCCCUUUCUUUCUUUCUUUCUUUUUCUUUCUUUCUUUUCUUUCUUUUCAUUUUCUAUUUCCUUCUUUCUUUCUUUUUUCUUUCUUUUUCUUUCUUUCUUCUUUUCCAUUCCUUUCUUUCUUUUCCUUUCCUUCUUUUUUCUAUUUCUUUCUUUCUUUCUUUCUUUUCUUUUUCUUUCUUUCUUUUCUUUUCUUUUCUUUCCAUUUUCCAUUUUCCUUCUUUCUUUUUCCUUUCUUUCUUUCUUUUCUUUUUCUUUCUUUCUUUCUUUCUUUUCUUUCUUUCUUUCUUUCGUUUUUCUCUUUCUUUUCAUUCCAUUCCUUUCUUUUUUCCAUUCCAUUUUAUUUUUCCUUCUUCUUUUCUUUUUUUUUCUUUCUUUCUUUUUUCUUUCUUUUCUUUUCUUUUUUUCUUUCUAUUCCAUUCUAUUUCCUUCCUUCUUUAUUUUCUUUUCUUUCUUUCCUUUUUUUUUUUUUUAUUUCCAUUCUAUUUCUUCUUUCUUUCUUUUUUUUCUUUUUUUUUCUUUUCUUUCUUUCUUUCCAUUUCUUUCUUUCUUUCUUUCCAUUUUCUCUUUCUUUUCUUUUUUUCUUUUCUUUUUUCUUUUUUUCUUUCUUUCUAUUCCAUUUCUUUCUUUCUUUCUUUCCAUUCCAUUUCUUUUUCCUUUUCUUUCUUUCUUUCUUUUUUCUUUUUUUUUCUUUCUUUUUUUUUUUCCUUUCCAUUCCAUUCUAUUUUUCUUUUCCUUCUUUUCUUUUUCUUUUUCUUUUCUUUUUUUUUCUAUUUCUUUCUUUCUUUUUUUUUUUCUUUUUCUUAUUUUCCAUUCCAUUCUCUUUUUCUUUUUUUCUUUUUUCUUUUCUUUUUUCAUUUUUUUCUUUCUUUCCUUUCUUUCUUUCUUUUCUUUUCUUUCUCUUUCUUUCUAUUCUUCCUUCCUUCUUUUUUCUUUUUCUUUCUUUUUUCUUUUCUUUUCUUUUCUCUUUCUUUUCCUUUCCAUUCUAUUUCCUCUUUCUUUUUUCUUUCUUUCUUUCUUUUUUUCUUUUUCUUUCUUUUUUUCAUUUCUUUCUUUCUUUUCUUUUCUUUCUUUUCUUUCUUCUCUUUCUCCUUUCUUCCUUUUUCCUUUCUUUCUUUCUUUCUUUCUUUCUUUCUUUCUUUUCUUUUCUCUUCCUUUCCAUUCCAUUCUAUUUCCUUCUUUCUGUCUUUCUUUCUUUCUUUCUUUUUUUUCUUUUCUCUUUCUUUCCAUUCCAUUCUCUUUCUUUUUCUUUCUUUCUUUCUUUCUUUCCAUUCCAUUCUCUUUCCUUUUCUUUCUUUCUUUCUUUCUUUCUUUCUUUUCUUUUCUUUCUUUUUCUUUUCUUUCUAUUCCUUAUUUCCUUCCUUCUUUCUUUCUUUCUUUUCUUUUUUUUUCUUUUUUUUUUUCCAUCUUAUUUCUUCCUUCUUUUCUUUUUUCUUUCUUUUCUCUUCUUUUCUCUUUCUUUCUAUUCUUUUCUUCUUUCUUUCAUUUCCAUUUCUUUCCUUUCUUUCCUUUUUCUUUCCUUUCUUUAUUUCUUUCUUUCUUUCCAUUCCAUUCCUUCUUUCUUUCUUUCUUUCUUUCUUUCUUUUCUUUUCUUUUCUCUUUCUUUCCAUUCCAUUCUAUUUCCUUCCUUCUUUCUUUCUUUCUUUCUUUCUUUUUUCUUUCUUUCUUUCCAUUUCAUUCUCUUUCUUUCUUUCCAUUCCAUUCUAUUUCCUUCCUUCUUUCUUUCUUUCUUUCUUUCUUUCUUUUUUUCCUUUCUUUUUUGUUUUCUUCUUUCUUUUUUCUCUUUUUUCUUUCUUUUUUCUUUCUUUUCUUUUCUUUCUUUCUUUAUUUCCUUCUUUCUUUCUUUCUUUCUUUCUUUUCUUUUUUCUUUCUUUCUAUUCCAUUUUCUUUCUUUUUUCUUUCUUUCCAUUCCUUUCCUUCCUUAUUUUUCUUUCUUUCUUUCUUUUCUUUUCUUUUCUUUUCUUUUUCUUAUUUUUUUUUUUUUUUCUUUCUUUCCAUUCCAUUCUCUUUCUUUCCUUCUUUCUUUCUUUCUUUUCCUUUUCCAUUUCUUUCCUUUCAUUCUUUCCUUUUUCUUUCUUUCUUUCUUUUCUUUUUUCUUUCAUUUUUCUUUUCUUUUUUCCUUUUCUUUUUUUUCUUUCUUUCUUUCUUUUCUUUUCUUUUUCCUUCCAUUCUUUCUUUCUUUCUUUUCUUUUUUCUUUCUUUUCUUCUUCCUUUUUUCUUUCUUUUUUUCUUCUCUUUUCUUUCUUUUUCCAUUCCAUUUCCCUUUUCCUUUCUUCUUUUUUUUUUCUUUCUUUCUUUUCUUUUCUUUUCAUUCUUUUCUUUUUUUCUUUCCAUUCCAUUUCUUUCUUUUCUUUCUUUCCUUUUUUUUUCUUUUUCUCUCUUUUUUCUCUUCCUUCUUUUUCUCCUUCUUUCUUUUUUCUUUCUUUCUUUCUUUCUUUUCUCUUUCUUUCUUUUUUUCUUUUCUUUCUUUCUUUUCCAUUCCAUUCUAUUUCCUUCUUUUCUUUCUUUCUUUCUUUCUUUUCUUUUUUUUCUUUUUCUUUCUUUCAUUUUUCCAUUCCUUCUUUCUCUUUCUUUCUUUUCUUUCUUUUCUUUUCUUUCUUUUUUUCUUUUCUUUCCAUUUCCAUUUCUUUUCCUUUCCUUCCUUCUUUCUUUUCUCUUUCUUUCAUUUUCUUUUUUUUUCUUUUUAUUUCAUUUUCCUUUCUUUUCCAUUCCAAGCUUUCUUUCUUUCUUUUCUUUCUUUAUUUCUUUCUUUCUUUUUCUUUUCUUUCUGUUCUUCUAUUUUUUUCUUUCCUUCUUUCUUUUUUUUCUUUUUUUUUUUUUUUUUAAAUUCCAUUCUCUUUCUUCUUUUCUUUCUUUCUUUCUUUCUUUUUUCUUAUUUUAUUUUCUAUCUUUCUUUCUUUCUUUCUUUUUUCUUUCUUUCUUUUUUCUUUCUUUUCUUUUCUUUCCUUUCAUUCCAUUUUUUUUUUUUUCUUUUUCUUUCUUUCUUUUCUUUUUUCAUUUUAUUUUAUUAAAAAUGCUUCUCCUUUCACUCUUUGUUUUCUUUUCUUAUUCUUUCUUUCUUUCUUUCUUUCUUUCUUUCCUUCUUUCUUUCUUUCUUUCUUUCUUUCCUUCUUUCUUUCUUUCCUUCUUUCUUUCUUUCUUUCUUUCUUUCUUUCUUUCUUUCUUUCUUUCUGCUUCUCUGUAUGUCUUUAUCUCUAUCUUAUAUUAUUUCUUCUGUCUUUUUACAUUUGAAUGA